UACCAGCGUGGAAAAACUUAAAAUUAUCACUUGUUUCGUCCGUCACCUAACUAAAUGACGUUCGUUUGUGGCAAUUGGGAAAUAAUCGCCCAUUAAUUAUUUUUGUAUCGUGACAAAAAAUGGAUCGCAUUCGUGUUGUUGUGAGGUUUAAAUCACUAACAAAUAUAUUCCUGGUAUUGCUUUUCGUGAGCCAGUGCAGCGAAGCAUGGAAUGAAGAGUAUCUGGUGCAAGGCAGGAGCCUGAACUUCCACCGGCAUGAUAUCGUAACGCUGGACAGGGAGCGGCGCGACGUCCCCGCCCCUGCCCCCGCGGCCCCCGCGGCCAACGUUACCCCCGCAGUGCCUGCCGCUGCCGUUUCCAAGGACCCAGCGGUUGCAUCCACGCCCGCGCCUCCCACUCUCGCAGUCAGCCCGCCCGGAAACGCUGAAGCGAACAACACCGCUAAUACCACUGAAAAGGCCGCGUCCAACUCGAGCGCGCCGACGGUGACGCAACACCAGCUCGGCGUUAACGGCUCCGGCAUCCGAAAGGACGUGGUGAGCGACCCCAUCAGCCCCGACGACAGUUUCCCUGACGUUUUCAAAGAAACACCGGAUACUAUCAAAUCUGAACACAAUCUGACUAAUUUAACAUACGACAACCACGACUUCUACAACAGCUCGUUCAUCGGCAACGUGACGUACUUCAACGAGUACUGGGCGAACAUUUCCAAGCCGGAGCCGCAGAUCCAUCAGUUGCUGAGCAACUCGUACAGACGCGCGAACACUAUCCAGCUGUCGUUCCCGUUCCCGUACUACGGACACUUCAUCCGCACCGUGACGCUCGCCACCGGCGGUUUCAUGUUCAUCGGCGAGCACGUGCACAACUGGAUCGCGGCCACGCAGUACAUCGCGCCGCUGAUGGGCAACUUCGACACGUCGCUGGACAACGACAGCUACGUCAAACUGUACGAUGACGGUGAGAAAUUCACCGUGUUCUGGGAGAAUGUGACACUGCGCGAGGAUCAGACGAAGAAGUUCACAUUCGCGAGCACCCUGUACAAGAACGGGGACAUAGUGUUCGCGUACAAAUCUAUGCCGAUGGAGGUGCAGGCCAUCAACGAUCAGAACCAUCCGGUGAAGGUGGGCAUCAGCGACGCGUACGUCGGCGAGAAGAACUUGUUCAACCUGAGAAGUAAAACGAUAUACGAGUAUCACCGCGUGUCGUUCAAGAACCACGCGAUUGCGAACAACACGAUACUGCGACUGACCGCGCUGCCUACCUGCAUACAGUACAACGCGUGCGACUCCUGCCUCAACCACAACACUGGCUUUAACUGUACGUGGUGUCCCCAAGCGAACAAAUGUUCCAGCGGCACUGACAUAAACAAACAGAACUGGAAACUUAGACAGUGUCCGGAGACGUCGGUGACGGAGGCGAGCGCGUGCCCGCCGGUGACGGGCGUGGACGCGGGCGGCACGCGCACGCUCUCCGACACCACCGUGUACACCACCGACGACGCCAAGCCCGACGCGGGACACAGCAAAGAUGUAAACACCACACUGGGAGCUGCCACGGCGAGUCCGUCGCUGGAGGCGACGGCGCAGCAACGGUCGCCAGUCGGCGGCGCUGUGGCGGCCUUCGUAGCGGUCGCGCUCGUGUGCAGCCUCGCCGCGUGGGUACUGUACGCGUUCAAGAACCCGCACACGCGCAGUGGACAGUUGCUUAUCAAGUACCGACCAUCUCAAUGGAACUGGCGACGCGGCGAGGCGCGCUACACCGCCGCCACCAUCCACAUGUAAAGCAUCGUGCAACGCGCAACACAACGCGCGCGCUGCAACACCGCUGAGCGGCUAGUCUGUGCGGCGGACAGUGCAACGUGCUCCCGAUACAGGGCGUGACCGGGGGGCAGUGACCCCCCGCAUAUCGAUGGUGUUGUCGACUACUAAAUAUCGAUACUUGUGCUGCAAAGUGUUAACCACAAAUAUUAACAAGUUUUAUAUGUAUUUACUGUACACCAACUCUUUACUCAAGUCUAGAUAUUUUCUAUGUAUUUUUAAUAUCUAUUGAUGUUGUAGAAGUAAUGUUAUAAUGUUAAGAGACUAUUUAAGGGUAAAUAUGCAUAUUAUUAAUAUAAUAUUGUUGACAGUUUUAGACUUACCACACUUUGCAUCCGAGGUGUCGAUAUUAUAUCUAGACUGCAUCAGACUAACAUUUGUAGUUUAGAAUUAGUGGUGGGAGGGCGUCUUCCUCGCCGUGUCACAGGACUUGGGAUAAUUCCCUUAUGACGUGUUAUAGGCGAGAGAGGUCCUUUUUGAAUGUACCUAUUGUAUGCAUAGUAAAUGUAAACGCUCAGCCCUCUUCCCAAGCACCAUCCCUCCCUGCCUACUCCGGAACACUAUCCAUGUUGCGUCGUUGUUCAGAGUGUACGUCAUAAGUUGCCUUCAAUAGAUACCGUUUUGCUGUUAUUUAAAUACAUAGCUGAACUUGUGAGUAUCACACCGCGUUGUUCUAAAAUAAUGCAAUGUUAAAACAUAUUUUUCUAUUGGACUAGUAAAACGUAUUUAAACUAUUGUUAAAACCUUGUCUUUGAUUGCAAGUAAGGCCAUAGAAUCUACAAUUUUAUUGGCCAUUUUACUACGGUGUCUAUUGAAGACAAUUUGUAGAGGAGAAGCGAGAACAGUAGUGCGAGACAGUCGCUCGGUCGGGGCCAUAUCACUGGUAACGAGUGCCUUCAGAGUUCCGUAAGUGUCGUAUCCGUCCCAUGAAUCGCCACCCUAGCUUCUAAAGGUGCUUCCACACCGGAUAACAUGUUUUAUAAUAUUUACAAAUGACAACAUAUUGAAGAUAAAAAUGGCGGACGCAACUAACUUGACAUCUCGGAGGUUGUUAUCUUAAUGAAAUUGUAUAUUAUACCUUAUAUAAACACUAGUAUAAAUAUAUUAGACAAUAAUAUGUUGAGGUUCGGCUUAUGGAAGACUUAAAUACUAAAAUCCCGGUGUCAAGUUAGCAGUGUAAACAUGUCUAGUGUUAUCGUGUUAUAUAACAUUGUUAUUGCCGUUUGCGAGCACCGUAUCUUACUUUAUAAGAUUGUCGAUUGUUUUGUCUUCGCCCUACGGAAAAAAAACGAAUUUGUAUAUUGGGUUGUGUGUUUUAUAUAAACUCUUUAACGUCUCGCAUCAAACACUAUACGUAAUUUAUACGUCUUUAAGUUUUAUAUAUUGGUUCAAAUAUCUGCUAUUAUAAUAAUCUAAGUUUUCUAUUAAUUGUCUUUGAAUACGUAUUGCAUUAACACCAUUAAUCACCA